AUGGGAAUCGCUGGUGACAUUUCCCCAACGAUUAGAAGUCUGCCAAAACAAUGUUCGCUGUUCUCGGCAGAAGCAGCGGCUAUUCUUUAUGCCAUCACGGUUCCUGCGGAUCGCCCAAUCCUGAUCCUGUUGGACUCCCACAGUGUUAUUCAGGCCAUUUCGUCGGAGGUCCCGGUCCACCCCUGGAUCCAGGGCAUCUUGAAGGUUGCGCCACCAAACACUACAUACGCAUGGAUUCCCGGACACUGCGGGAUCCCAGGGAACAUCGAGGUGGACAACCUAGCCGGGUCAGGCCCAUCGGGUCCUCGGUACUCGCACAAGGUACCGUUGCAGGACGUGAAGAGAUGGAUCACUUGCACAGUGCGGACAGCGUGGGCAACGGAAUGGUCCAGUGCCAGACUUCCGUUUAUUAGAAAAAGUUAA